AUGGAUGAUCAACUUUUCACUCUAGAUGGCACAGUGGAUCUCCGUGGACGACGAGCGAUUUCUUCUAGAACUGGGAAACGGAAAGCUUGCCGUUUCGUACUUGUUUACCAAGUAUUGGAAAGAUUUGCCUACUAUGGGGUAGGUGCCAAUUUGGUGAAUUAUAUGACAACCCAACUCCACAAAGACUUGGUAUCAUCAGUGAGCAGUGUGAAUAACUGGUCAGGAACAUCAUGGAUAGCUCCAAUUCUUGGUGCUUACGUGGCAGAUUCUUACAUGGGCCGCUUUUGGACAAUUAUUAUUUCCUUGCUCAUAUAUGCCAUAGGACUUGGGCUUCUGGUCCUGACAAGUUCAUUGAAGUGCUUGAGGCCAACAUGUACGAAUGGAAUUUGCAGCAAAGCAUCAAAUUUGCAAGUAAUAUUACUUUACGUAUCACUAUACACUAUAGCAAUUGGCAGUGGUGCAGUGAAACCCAAUAUGUCAACUUUUGGUGCUGACCAAUUUGAUGACUUCAACCCCAAAGAAAAAGAGAUAAAAGUUUCAUUCUUCAACUGGUGGUCGUUUAGCACUUCCUUGGGCAUUUUAUUGGCCACUCUGCUAGUUGUGUACAUUCAAGACAGAUUUGGAUGGGGAUUAGGAUAUGGCCUAUCAGCUAUUGGGCUUCUACUUUCCAUUAUAAUCUUCUUUAUGGGCAUCCCAAUAUAUAGGUAUAAAUCUGGAAAGGAGAGGAACCCUACAAUGGACUACAUCAAAGUCCCGGUUGUUGCUUUCAGAAAUAGAAAUCUGCAGCUCCCUAGUAGCCCUUCAGAACUGCAUGAGUUUGAGUUGCAACAUUACAUUAGUAGUGGAAGACGACAAAUUCAUCACACUCCUCAUUUCAGGUUCUUAGACAAGGCUGCAAUAAAAGAAAUCAAAAUAGAUGUCUCAAAUCCCCCAUGCACAGUGACUCAAGUAGAAGGAACCAAGCUUGUUUUAGGGAUGUUUCAGAUAUGGUUACUAAUGCUAAUUCCGAGCAACUUUUGGGCAGUGGAAGUGACAUUGUUUGUCAAGCAAGGUACAACGUUGGAGAGGAGCCUCGGCCCCAACUUCAGUAUACCAGCUGCUUCCCUUUGGAGCUUCGUAGUGCUCACCAUGCUCAUUUCUCUGCCCAUUUAUGACCACUACUUUAUACCAUUCAUGCGUCAAAGAACUGGAAAUCAUAGAGGAAUUACAUUGCUUCAGAGGGCUGGCAUAGGAAUUGCCAUCCAAGUCAUAGCUAGUGCAAUUACUUAUGCUAUAGAAGUUCGAAGAAUGAAUGUCAUAAAGAAGCAACACAUAGUUGGGGCUCAAGAAAUAGUUCCAAUGAGCAUAGCCUGGCUAGUGCCUCAACAUGUUGUCCUUGGUAUUGCAAAUACAUUCCUUAUCACUGGAUUGCUAGAAUUCUUCUAUGAUCAAUCCCCAGAAGAAUUGAAAGUCCUUGGCACAACCUUUUUCUCCAGCACCAUAGCUGCUGGGAACUACUUUAGCAGCUGUCUAGUGACUACAAUAGAUAAAUUUACAAGGAAGAUGGGUGGUAAGAGCUGGAUUGGGAACAACCUCAAUGACUGUCAUCUAGAUUACUAUUAUGCUUUUCUUUUUGUCAUAUCCUCACUUAAUUUUGGUGUCUUUCUGUGGGCAUCAAGUGGAUACAUUUACAAGAAUGAAAAUACAAGUACAACAGAAGUGAAUGACAUUGAUAUUUGA